AUGACCGUUGAUAAGUUAUUCGAAAUCAAGAGACAAAAGAGUACUGUGUUUAUAAGAACAGCUAGUAGAUUAUAUCGUUGUUUUCGCUACCACAAGCCUGAAUUCCAUGAGCAAGAGGAAAUUCCAGAGGAGGUAGAAUGUCAGCAUUUACUCAACACAACAAACGCAUAUGCCCAAAUGACAGCAAAUGGGUACUUAUCACAAGCCUUCCCUGUUGAAGAUGUACCCACAAAUAUACCAGGUUUGCCUCCACCACCGGUGAUAACAUGCACCACAGAUCCGAUGGAGUUGGAAGAAAUUAAAAGGACAAUAUUUGUAGAAAACAUUCACGACUCGAUUACCUCUGAACAGUUAAUGGCAUUCUUUUCUGGAGUUGGUGAAGUGAAAUAUAUGCGACUUUGUAAAUCUGAAGAACAAAAAUAUGCCUUCAUUGAAUUUUCCAUGGUUGAAUCUGUACCUACUGCUCUGCAGUAUAAUGGAGUUUUAUUUGGAAAUCGUUCUCUUAAAGUAACUCAUGCGAAGAGCCCCGUUGUGAAGCCCGAGAGUGAACGGAUUGCAACAGGUAGAUCUACAAUAAGAACUAUGCGUGAUGUUGUAAAACGCCCCACUUUCGACCGUGAAACAAGAUCAAGUUUAUUUGAUGUUAAGUCGAUUCCAAACGACUUCACUGGUAAUUAUAGAUCGCCUACAAGAAGACGCAGUCGAUCCCGAACCCGACGAUCCAGAUCUCGGUCCCGUUCUAGACGUCGCAAGUCAAGGUCUAGAUCUCCAAAGCGUACAAGGUCCCGUACUAGAUCUCCAGUUCGGCGAAGAAGACGCUAUUCAAGUGCAGCUUUGGACAAAACAAAAACAGGAUCUCCAAGACGCAGUAGUAGACGAAGUCGCAGUCCAUCUCGUUCAAGUGCGGCUUUGGACAAAACAAAGGCUGGAUCUCCCAGACGAAGCAGUAGACGAAGUCGAAGUAGAUCUCGCUCAAGGUCUCCAAAACGUCGAAAAUCAAGAUCUCGUUCCAGAGAUCGACGCAAAAAACGAAAGUCUGUUUCCAAAUCUUCAUCACGGUCUCCUAGAAGACGAUCCAGAAAAAAAUCAAAAUCAAGAUCUCGUUCUCCUGCAAGAAGAAAAUCCCGGAAAUCAACUUCCAAGUCUCCUGAUAGAUCAUCCUCCAAUCAGCAAAGAAAAAGGAAGGAAAAAGCAAGAAAAAAGAGGAAGGAGAAGUCAAAGAAAAAAAUAAAGACAAGGAAGCAGAGGCUGAUGACCAAGAGCUAAACAGCCUACUCACAAAAAUCUACACGUUUGAAGAAG